AAUAAAAAGGAAAGUCUGGUAAGUUAAAGGUAGAGAGGGAGAUCGAGAGAGAGAGAGGGGCACUGAGCACAGGCGAUUCAGCCUACCUCUGUGUUCGUGGCCGUGCCGGGAUCCGACAUUGUUGAGUUUAACUCGACCCGUUAAAUUCGGCUCUCUUCCUCACCCUUAGGGUUUCUUCUGGUUCUGUUUUCGCAACGACGAAGAGGGGAGAUCAUUCCUUUUUCCGACACUAAACAACGGGACCUCCCUUUUUCAUGCCCCUUUCUUUCCAGAUGUAUGUUUGGUAUUGGCUUUUCACUAGUGUUUAUUCCUGUUGAAGAUGAAACCGACGUAUUUUUCUCCGGCAGGACCCUCAAAGUAAAUUGUAGCGAUGGGUGGAUGUGUAUCGACCCAUUCAAGAAGAAUUUGGCCCCGGAGGAAGAGCCAUCACAAAUCUUCCAAAAACUUGUCUAAAGUUUCUGAUAUUAUCUCUCGUGCAAACACGAGAAGACCCAGUGAUGUCGGGAGCCGAGUAUCUUUUGCAAUUUCCCAAGAAGAGGCAUGGUUUGACUCCGUCAGUGUUCUUGAUUCUGACUCAGAUGAUGACUUUAUCAGCCUACAUGAAGCUGAUAAUGUAUCGUCGGCGGGUGGGAAGAUGGGUAACCACACAAAUGGUCAAGUAGUUCAGUAUGAAGCUUCUUCAUGCAUUGUGGAUGGGAAGGGAAAGUAUGAAGAGUACAAUGAGACUUACUUGAAGAUCAAUGGUGGUAAAACCGAGAAAUUUAUGAGCAAAGGUUUGUCCGUUAUCACUGGAAACAACAAGAAGACGAAACUAUCGGACCAAUCUUUUGGAAGCUUCAAAGGUUUAAAGGAACAAAAACGAAACUCUCAAGAAAAAACCCUAAGAUCCAGCUUGAGCCGGUUGAUGCCCUCUCUUAGUUUCAACGACAAGACUGUAAACUCACCCACUUCUCAGAAGAGAAGAUCAGCAGUUUACCGGCUUUCUUUUAAGAGGAGAUCAUGCGAUGGAGAGGAAGUUACCGAGCAUUGGUCAUCAAGGAGGGUAAUGUAUCGUCCAAAGGCGGGAUUGAUCAUUCCUUGUUCAGCGAGAGAGAAGCAGUCUCCGGGAAGAUGGUGUGAGCUUCCACCUUCAACUUUUAAACUCCGUGGAGAAUCCUAUUUUAAAGACAAGCAGAAAUCCAUGGCUCCAAACCAGUGUCCUUACACUCCGAUAGGCGUUGACUUGUUCAUCUGCCCAAGGAAGAUCGAUCACAUAGCCCAACACCUCGAGCUUCCCGACAUCAAAGCCGAGGCCAUACUCCCUUCUCUUAUGAUUGUCAACAUUCAGUUGCCAACAUAUCCUGCUGCAAUGUUCCUCGGCGAUAGCGAUGGAGAAGGUAUGAGCCUCGUGCUUUACUUCAAACUACAAGACAACUACGAAAAAGACAUCUCUCAGCAAUUUCAGGACAGCAUCAGGAAACUGAUCGAUGACGAGAUGGAAAAGGUGAAAGGGUUUGCGAAAGAUAACACAGUUGCCUUCCGUGAAAGGCUUAAGAUCGUGGCCGGGUUGGUUAACCCGGAGGAUCUCAAUCUAGGCUCGGCCGAGAAGAAGCUUGUACAGGCUUACAAUGAAAAACCCGUCCUCUCCCGUCCUCAACACAACUUCUACAAGGGUCCUAACUACUUCGAGAUUGAUUUGGAUGUUCAUCGGUUCAGCUACUUAUCACGGAAAGGACUUGAAGCAUUCAGAGACCGACUGCAAAAUGGAAUCCUCGAUUUCGGUUUAACCAUCCAGGCGCAAAAACCAGAAGAACUACCGGAGCAAGUCAUGUGUUGUCUGAGACUGAGCAAGAUCGACUUCGUUGACCAUGGUCAAAUCCCUACACUGCUAACCCCAGACGACGGUGAAGUUCUCAUGUAAAACUAACUACCGUGUAUGUAAAUCUCGACCGUUGGAUGAAGAAAACAACAUGAUAAAAAUAAAAUAAGCCUGACCUCAUUUGUUGUUUGUUCAUCAAACGCCUUUGUGUUUUCUUCAGAAUGUGUUGUUGUUCAUUGUAAAACAAUCCUUACACUGUAUGUAUGCUUAUUAUCACUCCAAAUCACUGUUAAUCCUCGUGUUUAAACUUUAAUUGCGUUUA